AUGGAGGUGCGGACCGUCUCCAAGAAGAAAACCAAAGCGGUCACGGAAGCGAUGGAAGCCGUGCGCCGCAGCGUCAUCAGCGAAUCUGGUCUCACGCCUUCCAGAGUGGUGGCCAUCAAGGAGGGAACGAUUCCGAAAACUACCUCCGGCAAGAUUCAGCGACGGAAGACGCGAACGAUGCUCCACAGGGGUGGCCUAGAUGUGGUGCGGGAGCUUCGUCUAGAUCCCACAGAAACGGCGGCCUUUGCCGCUGUUCAGGAUCAAACGACAGACGACAUCACUGGCGUGGCGACGAACAGUGACACCGAAACUCUGCCCAACGACACAGAACGACCUCCCACGGCCGAGUUGUGCGCCCAAGACGUCAUUGACAUCGUGGAGGCCGCCACCGGGGUGGAAGGUAUUGGAGAGUCCGACGAUCUGCUGGACCUCGGAGUUGACUCGCUCGUGUCUGUUGGAAUCAGCAAAAACCUGUCUGAGGCCUCCGGAUGCGAUCUCCCACAUGAGCUUGUGUUCACGCACCCCACGGCGGCCCUGAUCGCGGAGUUCAUAAGCUCUGCCGUUAAGAAAUCCCAAGCCACUCUUCGCUCCAGCUUCCGUCGCGAUCCCAACAAGGGGAGCACGGCCGGUGACUCCUCAACGCCCGCACGCACGAGCAGUUUGGACUGCGCGGGGGGCUCCCGCCUGAGGGACCUGGGGGGGGAGUGGACGACCGGUCCCAUGCAAGGAUGGGUGUUUCGCCUGACCCAGACAAUCCUACUAGCAUUGGUUCUGCUGCAGAUAUUUGUUGCGCUACAGCCGGCCCGUCACUACUGGCGCUACAUCUACGAGCUGUCCUCGACAACGUCGUUUGGGGCAUACCCCAAACAGCCGUGGAUCUACGUAGACCUGCCUGUCUUCGGAGGAGGAGCAGAAGGAUCAUCUUCCAAGGUGCGGGCCCUCGGUCUUCUUGGAGCGCUCUCGCCGAUGAUAUGGUUCGCGUGUUUCACCGCGAUCGUGAUCGUGACAAAGAUCCUGCUGGGCGCGCAUCCCCAAGAGCGCGUGCCCUUGGGCACGCGCGCGUACCUCUCUUGGUGGUACAUGAACGCCAUGCUCAACGUCUGGGAGUGCGUCGGUGGAACGUGGUUGCUAGACACGAAGAUGAUAAUCUUUAUUUACCGCUGCAUGGGCGCAAAGAUUGCGUGGACGGCGAGCAUCAGCGUCUUCAUUCGCGACUUCGAUUCCGUGGACGUCCGGGAAGGGGCGAAGGUGGGCGGUAACCUGUACGUGCGCCGUUUUGAGGCUUCUUACAUGGACGUCGCGCCCAUCAUGAUUGGCAAAGGCGCCGACAUUGGGACCGGUUCCGUGGUGUACGGAGGCUCAAGCGUCGGGGACCAUUGUUUUGUCGAGCCCCUUACCGUCAUUCCACCGCUUUCGAAGCUUGCGCCACACUCCACUUGGGAAGGUCACCCUGCGAAGGAAACCAAGAAGGGUGACCCAGCCCAUGAUGGCGUGCUGCUGGAUGUUCCUGGCCCAUGUGCCGCCAUGCCCUGUCUCAUUGAGUUCAUGAAGCAAGUAGCGAUUCUGUGCACCCUGGUUGCUACGACGGCAAUGACCUACAUCCCGACCAUCCUGUACGAGUCUACCGGUGUAUCUGAGAACUUCCGCUACGCUCUUCUCGUCGAGAUUGUCAUUCUCGUGGCGGGAGUGCCGAGUCAGCUCGCCCUCUACACUGCUCUUCUCAAGUGGGUUCUCGCAGGUCGGGUAACGGAGGGUCCUUACCAGCCGACCGUCUUCCAGACCUGGCGGAGAUGGUACCUCGGCAGGCUUAGCGCGCUUGUGUUCGCCUACUUCAACGUCUUCAACCAAUGUCCGAGAUACGAGUGGUGGGCGGCCGCCCUUGGCAUGAAAGUGGGGCGUGGUUCUGUGAUCUUGCUGGAAGGGUACAACCCGGAGGACGCACACCUGAUUGAGAUCGGCAGCGGAGCACACGCCGGCUAUCCGAUUCUCUCCGUCGACCGGCCAACCGGACGUGGCACCGAACGCGAGAAGAAGGCAAUAGCGAUCGGAUCGAAGGUAUUGCUUGGAUUUGGGGCACAUCUCGGCGCCGGCUCUACCGUCGGCAACGGUGCAAUGCUUGGUGGGUACUCGGUGUUAAGGCCUGGGGAACAUCUCACCGACGGAUCGGUGACAAUGUGCGACCAGCAGAGUGCCUUCCGACCUGGCGGCACUACCCCCACCUCCCCCGCUCGAAGGGAUGGCCACAACGACGCCGGCGAAGCUGUCAAGGAAAACCUGAUCGACGCAGCGUGCACCCUCGGAGCUUGCUCCCUCAUCACCCUGGCCUUGGUGGCAUCUUUUGAGGCGACGACUUUUGCGGCAUCUUUGUGGUCCAAAGGCGAUGGCUUCGACACCAGGGUUGUCGUGCUGUCGACAGUGGCCUUGGUCGUGUGGGCGUUGGCCUCGGCUGUGCUUCUUGCUGUCUUCAAGCGGGUAUUUGUCGGAGACUUCCGCAGGAAGCCAACCGAAGGCCAGCGAAAGGAAAUCUCCGCCCAAAUUGGCCCGCGUACAACAGACAUCGAGAAGGGCCAGCGGCGUAAGCCGAACAAGAUCACGGCUUCGCAGGUUAUGCGGUGGCGGUGGAUGCAGCGCUUCUUGUACUUCUCCCUGUUCGAGCCGUACAUUGUCAACACCGUCUUGAGGGGAACGUGGCUCCUCAACGUCUGGCUAAGGCUCAUGGGUGCAGACGUUUCUAUGGGCGCCCUGAUUCUAGGCAAGGUGUCUGAUCACGGCAUGGUGAAGGUGAAGGUGCCGUUGUGCACGCCCACACAGGGACCUUUUGCACGGACAUGCGGGGUGGAUCAACAUUGA